GAGGCUCGUGUUUUCCACUUACCAAAACCCAUCUCAUUCUCUCCACGGGCGUUUCAUUACCUCUCUUCAUUUCUCACCGCGAAUACAGAGGAGAUAUUUUCCUCGCGCGUUCGUUUCCACUCGGCCGCUAUUAGAGAGAGAAUCCCGGGUUUGAUUUGUGGAAAUUUUGGGUUAGGGUUUCGAUCGAUGACGAUCGAAAUCCCUUGAACCAGGUAUUCAAAUUUGCUAAUUUUUCCAUCAGGGAUGGCUCUCUGACUUAUCAAGAACACAAUAAUUAGAUGUGUUGAGAGUUAUGAGAUUUUUGUUCUUAUAUUGUGGUGCUGUGCCUUUUCUUCACAAGAGUAAUUGUCUUUUGGUAGAAGAAUUGCUUUGUUUAUGAGGGUAAGAUGCCAUCGACAUUUUUUUCAAGGCUAAACGCUGCCUUCCGAUCGGGAGCCCAUAAACCAAUCCUAGGGCUGCAGAAUCCAGUAGAAUUUCAACUCGGGCGAGGAAGGCUGUUUGAGAACUCCAAAGUAUCUGAUUUUGCGCUGUUUUCAACUGUCAGUGACGUGGGUUUAUUUUCAGAAUUUACUUCAAAUUUAGCUAGAUCAGACUCUACUGCAGUCGACAAACGGGGGACGCUAUCAAUUGUUGGAGUGCUUUCUCGUGCACUUGCGAUUCCUUCAGUGUCUGCCCCUUGUCAGGUUUGUGUAUAUCACAUUGAUCGGCAAUUCUUGGAUCCCCACCGGAAUUCAUUUGGCAGUCGGUUUCAGAGGAAGUUCAUGGCUGUUUGUGGUUCUUUGUUGGGAAGAACUGAAUUGGGCACUCCGCAGCUGGAAAAUUUAAGUUUGGAGAGCGGACAACCUUCAAACCUUGUGACCCGAUCUGAUGUUUCUUGCAUCAAUAAAAGUCGUGAUUAUUGCAGAAAAGCAAGCAUGAGUUUGGGAAAUCGAGAACUGUGGGGUAAUAGUCUGGUUUAUGGGUAUUACUUGUUUGAUGUAACCAGGAGGAGUUGGAAGACCAAUCCAUUUGUUGCGCCAGGAGCCAGGGAUGUUCACAGUUCGUGUUCUGCCCCAUUUUCUGCUGGGGCAGCUCCUAAUAUGUCAUUUGAUGGCUCCAUACGGGAAGAUCAGAAUGACAAUCCUGUUGUUUCUUCUGACCAGAAAGUUCUAGGUGACAGAGCCUUGAAACUGUUUUCGGGAUCAUGUUACCUACCACACCCAGAUAAAGAAGAAACUGGUGGGGAGGAUGCACACUUCAUAUGUAUUGAUGAGCAAGCCAUUGGUGUGGCUGAUGGUGUUGGUGGCUGGGCAGAUCUGGGCAUUGAUUCUGGACAAUAUGCUCGAGAGCUCAUGUCUCAUUCAGUAAACGCAAUUCAAGAGGAGCCCAAGGGUUCCAUCGAUCCUGCAAGGGUAUUGGAAAAAGCAUAUCUGAGCACAAAAUCCAAGGGAUCCUCAACAGCCUGCAUUGUAGCACUCACUGACCAGCAGGGCCUUCAUGCUGUCAACCUUGGUGACAGUGGUUUUCUUGUUGUUAGAGAAGGAUGCACCAUCUUUCGCUCUCCCGUCCAACAGCAUGACUUCAAUUUCACAUAUCAACUUGCCAGCGGCAGUGAAAGUGAUCCUCCGAGCGCUGGCCAGAUAUUCACCAUUCCUGUCGCACCGGGGGAUGUCAUCAUUGCGGGUACGGAUGGAUUGUUCGACAACUUGUAUAACAAUGAGGUGACUGCUGUUGUCGUCCAUGCUGUUCGAGCAGGCUUGGGGCCGCAGGUGACGGCACAAAAGAUCGCCGCCCUUGCACGCCAGAGAGCGCAGGAUAAGGAUCGUCAAACGCCAUUCUCGACUGCAGCCCAAGAUGCAGGGUACCGUUACUAUGGCGGCAAACUCGACGACAUUACUGUUGUUGUCUCCUACAUCACCAGCAGCUCCACGGCAUGAUUUCUGUCUUUUGCCAUCACUUUCUCCUUACUGCUCAUGUCUAUGUAAAGUUUUCAAUUUUAGAAAGUAUAUAGAAUGCAGUGGGGUAGAGCUUUUUCUUGCUACUCGUAGUCCCUCAAUGUCAGAUGUAAUAGGAUGGGUCCCUUCCAUGUAUAGAAUUGGAGCUUUUGGAGUGUGAUUUUUUCUUUUUCCUUUUUGAAAAAAUUGGAACAGCAAAUGCAUUUUGACAAUUUAGGAGGCUUUUUGCCAUUAAUCUAAAGAAAAGAUUGUUCUA